ACGGUUUUUAGCUUGUCGGUCGUUUCUCGACUGGCUCGCAUCUACGAUAGUUUAAAAUAGAAUGAGCCGUAGAACGUCCAAAAAUACACCAGACUUUCGAUAAAAAGAUGUCAGACGCGGAAACAAUCAAACCGGACGCGAGUCAAGGUUCACACGAGCCUAAAUCGAAUCAACCGGACAAUGCGGAGAAUGCGGUUCCGUGUGCUGUCGAAAAUGCAUCCGCUGCCGAAAAUGCAACCGCCUCCGCAAUGCAAGAGCAAGUCAUCCCUCCGCUUGCCAAGGAACCCGAGGUUGCAGGCGACUCGAAAGGUCAAGAUGUACCUGAGAAAGAAGCAAAACCAUCCGAAAUAAGUAACGACGGUCCAUCCACAAACGGAGCGGCGAUCGAAAAUGAAAUUGCGGUCGUUUCCGAGGAAAAAAUUGCCGGGGAGGCUGCGAAGAUUGUCGAAUUCAAUCAGAGCGAACAACUGUCGAAAGUAGCGGAAUUCGAAAAACAGGCGGUCACAGGUGCUGGGGACACUUGUCCGGUGGCGAAUUUAAAGAAAGAGGAUGAUCAAGCGCCUAUUAAAGAGAUCGGCAAGCAAUUAGCGACGCCAGAAAAUAAAUCGCUAGCGGAAGGCGACUUGAAAGUCAACAAUGACGGACUUGCGAUAUUGAAACUGAAAGAGGAAGUGAAGAAAAUAUCUGUGGAACGAGAUUGCUGCCAGAAGAAGCUGGAGAACACCGAGAAAAAGUUAGUCGAGCUACAAUCAUCCUACGAUGCUCUGUUGAAGGGCGAAGGCGAUGAUGUUUUGCUUCGACGUAUGAUAGACCAGUUGAAGGCGAAAUUGGUGCAAACAUCUUUGCAAUUAGAGGAUCGAAUUCGGAUCGUUUCUAAUCAAGAGAAACAGAUCAGUGCUUUGAACAGCCAAGUGGUUUCGUUGAAAGAAGUCGAGUCGCUCACGAGAAGCUUGUUGGAAAUUCGUAAUUUGGAAGUGAACCAACUCCAGGCAGAAGUUAACGACAUGGAGGCGCGAAUCACCGAGGAAAGAGAACGGUACAGCACUAUGAUAAACAAAAUGGAAGCCGCGGUGAAGCUAAACGCAGAUUUAAAAAAGGAAUACGAAACUCAGCUUUGUCUUUUCCGAGAUCUCCGGGAAAAAUACGAAGAGAAGGUGUCGUUGCUGUCCGAGGAGAAACGAGCUCUUGAAAAUAGCGUGCAGCCAGUUUCCGAAUAAGUUAGCCUAACCAGAAACCGAAUUACUUUAUAAUUAUUGUAAUUUGUAUAAAAUAAAGAAAGCUAUAAAAAUAAAGAAUCCUACUUCUA